UUUCCUUUGUGGCGCUCACACAUGCCUCUGAUUUUCAACAUGACUUGUAACGUGUGUGGUACGGUAUUAUUUGGGGUAUACGACGUCUAAUGGCUACUUAUUUGUUGGCCGUACACGUCCACUGCUUUUUCAAUCCUGUUAACUUCUCGUUCUGACAAACUUCAAACGAAUAUACCGGGAAACAUGCUAACUUUACACUCCACCGCCCGUUAUUUAAUCUUUUUCCAAUACGCAGGGACCAAAUACAGUGGCGUGAUGAGAACACCAGCCGAUCAAGCUGUACAGGGGGUUGAGAAUCAUUUAGAGAGUGCAGUGCGAAAACUAAAGCCGGUCAAUGAGGUGUCAGUGUCCAUCUCCAGUAGAACUGACAGUGGUGUGCAUGCCUUGUGUAACUCUGCACAUGUGGAUAUCCAGCGGAGAGCAGACAAACCCCCACUGCUGGAGCAAACCCUGGUGGAGGCCUUAAACUUCCACUUGAAAGCAGAACCUAUAAGAAUCACCAGGGCUUACCGUGUCCACAGCGACUUCCACGCACGCUAUCAGGCCAUAUCACGGACAUAUGUGUACCGCUUUGCUUCAGGUCUCAGACAUCACACAGAAAUGCCAGUAACGGAGAGGGAUCUAUGCUGGGCAUUACGAGACACAAGGCUAAAUAUCAAUGCAAUGCAAGAGGCUACUGCACUGCUGACAGGAACCCAUGACUUCAGCACCUUCCGGGCCUUGAACUCAGAGACGCCCUUUAAGAACCCAGUGAAGUCCCUAGAGUCGGCCCGGCUGGAGCCUGGGGUCUCAUUCAGUCAGAGACACUUUCACAGAGAUAUUCAGUUCUGGGAACUCACUUUUAAAAGUAGGUCUUUUUUAUACAGACAAGUGCGGAGGAUGACUGGGGCGCUGGUUGCUGUUGGUCAGGGUAGACUGUCUGUUAGUCAGAUCCAGGAGCUACUAGAGGCACGGGAUUCAUUGGCAUUCCCAAAUAACCUGACCGCCCCAGCCCACGGCCUGUUUCUGACCAAAGUGCAGUACAGAGAUGCAGAUCUUGGCUGUCUGGACACUGAUAUAAUUAUUUAAAUGAUUAUUUAAAAAAUAAAUAAAAAA